UUAUCUGGUAAGGUCUUUAUCGUCAGGAUGCAAGAAUGCUCCCUCUUCCUCUGUGAAGUGCCAAGUCACCAGCAGAGCUGCAAGCCUUUCCAGUCAGUCCUGGGUGCAGAACGGCUUCAGACAUGCUAAGAAGCGCCCUGCUGUCCGCGGUGCUCGCACUCGUGCAUGCCCAACCCUUCUCCUGCCCUAAAACCUGCAAGUGUGUGGUCCGCGAUGCCACACAGUGCUCGGGUGGCAGCGUGGCUCACAUCGCUGAGCUAGGUCUGCCCACAAACCUCACACACAUUCUGCUCUUCCGAAUGGACCAGGGCAUAUUGAGGAGACACAGCUUCAGCGGCAUGACUGUCCUUCAGCGCCUGAUGCUCUCAGAUAGCCACAUUUCCGCCAUCGACCCCGGCACCUUCAAUGACCUGGUAAAACUGAAAACCCUCAGGUUGACGCGCAACAAAAUCUCUCAUCUUCCACGUGCGAUCCUGGAUAAGAUGGUGCUCUUGGAACAGCUGUUCUUGGACCACAACGCACUAAGGGACCUUGACCAAAACCUGUUUCAGAAACUGCUUAACCUGCAGGAGCUCUGUUUGAACCAGAAUCAACUCUCUUUUCUUCCUGCUAACCUUUUCUCGAGCCUGGGAAAGCUGAAGGUGUUGGAUUUAUCGCGAAACAACCUGACCCACCUGCCCAAGGGAUUGCUUGGAGCUCAAGUUAAGCUUGAGAAACUGCUGCUCUAUUCAAACCAGCUCACGUCUGUGGAUUCGGGGCUGCUGAGCAACCUGGGCGCCCUGACAGAGCUGCGGCUGGAGCGGAAUCACCUCCGCUCCAUCGCACCGGGUGCCUUCGACCGCCUGGGAAACCUGAACUCCUUGACUCUGUCCCGAAACCUCCUGGGGUCUCUGCCGCCCGCGCUCUUCCUUCACGCGAGCAGCGUGACUCGGCUGACUCUGUUCGAGAACCCUCUGGAGGAGCUCCCGGAGGUGCUGUUCGGGGAGAUGACCGGCCUGCGGGAGCUGUGGCUGAACGGCACCCACCUGAGCACGCUGCCCGCCGCCGCCUUCCGCAACCUGAGCGGCCUGCAGACGCUGGGGCUGACGCGGAACCCGCUCCUGAGAGCGCUCCCGCGCGGCGCGUUCCACGGCCUGGAGGAGCUGCGCGUGCUCGCGCUGCACACCAACGCCCUGGCGGAGCUGCCGGACGACGCGCUGCGCGGCCUCGGGCGCCUGCGCCUCGUGUCGCUGCGCCACAACCGGCUGCGGGCCAUUCCCCGCACGCUCUUCCGCAACCUCAGCAGCCUCCAGACCGUGGAGCUAGAGCACAACCAGCUGGAGACGCUGCCGGGAGACGUGUUCGCGGCUCUGCCCCAGCUGACCCAGAUCCUGCUGGGUCACAACCCCUGGCUCUGCGACUGUGGUCUGUGGCCCUUCCUCCAGUGGCUGCGACAUCACCAGCACCUCCUGGGCCGAGACGAGCCCCCGCAGUGCCGUGGACCGGAGCCACGCGCCAACCUGGCGUUCUGGGAGCUGCUGCAGGGUGAUCCGUGGUGCCCGGAUCCUCGCGGCCCGCCUCUCGACCCUCCAACCGAAAAUGCUCUGGAAGCCCCGGUUCCGUCCGGGCUGCCUAACGGCUGGCAGUCCCAGGCAUGGGCCCAGCUGGUGGCCAGGGGCGAAAGUUCCAAUAACAGCCUCUAUUGGGGUCUUUAUAUUCUGCUUCUAGUAACCCAGGCCAUCAUAGCCGGGUUCAUCGUGUUUGCCAUGAUUAAAAUCGGCCAGCUGUUUCGAACAUUAAUCAGAGAGCAGCUCUUGUUUGAGGCAAUGGAAAAAUCGUGUAACUAAUUAAACUGUGACCAGAGCAGCAUCUUGGAUCGGGCCCCAAGGAGAAUCCAGUCAGGAUGCUGGCCUGCCAUUCCUCCAUUUCCUAUGCCUUUUCUCCUCUCGGUGUCCCUUCUCCUCUCCUCUGUUCCUUUUGUAAAUCGCUACUUUCUAGCCUGGCCUGGGUUUCCUCCUCUGUUUUUAGUUUCUGAGGGGCGGGGGUUGGGUUACGGGACUUGGCGCGUCCGGUCCUACUGCAGUGCUGGGUGCCUAGUGGAGAGAGGAGUUCUUUCUUAGUUUCUGAAUAUGAGGACACAUCCCGCCAGGUGGGCAAAACCUCUCCUGCACCCAGCAAGGGUUAACAUUUGCUGAAGGAACGCCGGCCUAAAAAAAACGAACCCUAGAUCCCAGAGAUGAAGGCUCUUCCCAGGAAAAAGCUGGAGUUGUUCCUUGUCCCUUUCUUCCUGAAUUCGUGCCUGUUCACAACCUCCUCUGUGAUAGGCUGAGCUAGGACACAGAGAAGCUCCCAUCCCAUCCCAGUGACAGCAGCCACUUUGCAGCAUCUACUCCUGACCCAACUGAAAUGGCUGUUGUCACGGAAGUGGGGAUGAGAGCUCCUGUGUGUAGUAGCUCAGCUCAUUACAGAAGGAGCUUGCUCUGAAGCAGAGGGCCCCCCCCCCCAAAAAAAAAAACAGAUCCUGGCUGAGGGGGUUCCGGAAUUCAUCUGGAGAAGCCACAUGCUGGGAAGCUUGGGGACCUGCCUAGAGUGUCUGUCCCAUUGGCCUCCUGGGAGUUUCCAUACGUUGUUUCCCAUUUCCUAGAGGUGAAUGCCACAUCAUUUCACAAGCAUUUAUGGAGCUGUGACCAUGGGACAGGUGUUCAUGAUUGUAAUGAUAGCUUGGUUUCCAAUGGACCGCGCUUGUAUCACGUUCUCAUUUAUCCUUCCAAUAGAAAACAAUUAAACCCUUAUUGCAGUAAUUGGCUGCCUGUGCUUGUGAGAGACAGUGGUUAAACACAUGCGCUGGGAGCUGAUGACUGAGGGUUCUGUCGCGGUGUCUCCAUUUACUAACCCUUGUGGACUCUGUACACACAUCCUGUCUGUAAGCCUGGGUUUCCUUAUCCUUGAAAGGGGACAAAACAGUACCUGCCUCAGAGGCUUGUUGUGAGAAUUAAAGGCAAUAAAACAUAUAAAGGCUUUACCCUGCAUACAAAAACUGCCCAGUGGGUGAUAGUUAUCACUAAAGAGCAUGCGGUUGCAUUCCCCCUUGUAUUUUUGAGACAGUCUCUCUGUGUAUCCCAGGCUGGGUUUGAACUUGAGAUCCUCCUGUUUUACAUUCCGAGGCUCUAAGAGUACAGGCUUGGGCUAUCACAUCCAGCUGGCAUCAUUUCAAGAUAUUCUCCCCCCCCCCUUAUAUAAAAGAGCAAAGUUCCUGUAUCUGUCUACAGGAAGCCUCAGUCCUGUGUGCUCAGGUUCUGUGCUCCCCGGCCACAGGCGUGAAUCCUUCCGACACCAUCAAGCAAGAGGAGAAAGAGCUUGAUCCUGGCAUCAGUCUAUACAUGCACUUCUUCAACACCAGCUUCAAAUAUAUCCCCCUCCUUUGUAUCCCUGUUCCUCACUUUGUGCUUCCUGCACUUCCUGACUGUCAGGCACUGGACACCGCCCUCAAUCUGGUCCUGGGUAUAAUUUUAGAGUAUCUGUUUAAUUAGCCUCUGUGCUUAUAAACUCCUUGGAUAGUUUUUGUCUUGUUUAUUGCAAAAGUUUGGAGCCACCUAUAGCCCAAAAUCUGGAUUUUUAUUUAUUUAUUUAUUUUGGUGAAAUGCAGACUCAAUUUUAACCACUAUUCUCUUUCAAAGCCUGUUCCAUUCACCUGUCAGAUGAGAAUAACAGUUGUCCCUACCAAGCUUCAAGGCCCAAAUGAGGCAACCCCUGCUAGGUAGACAAUGGGCCGGUCCCUGGGGCCCAAGGACGGCUGUUUUGAUCAGCUAUUCUGGACCCCACUGUUCUAACGUUUCUCACUGCCUCUUCAUGCCUUGCUUCAUCUGGUAAAUUGACUACUUUUUCUCAAGCACUCUGGUAAGUAAAGAGUCUGAACCUAGAGUGAAAGAAACAAAGUGUCUACUUUCGUGGGGUUAUCCCCUGGGGUCCCACCAGCCAUGGCAUUGCUUCCAAACUUCAGGAUAUUCAGAAACUUCCAGAAAAGUGUACAGGACAGCUUCAGACACUUUGCCAGCUUCAUAAAAUAUCCACACUUUGCUCUAUUAGAUUCAAUUUUUUGAACAGUGUUAAACCAACUGAUAGUAUUGAAAAUACCUUAUCCUUUCCCUCUUUCUUGAGCAAUAAAACUACUCAGUAAACGCA